CUGUAAAACGUCAGGAACAGCACAAAGGCAUUGCCACGUAAUUACAGGCUAUUAUUAAGUCGAAGUGCCCUCCCAAGGGUCUCCAAUUUUUUCUUCUCUGCGAAGUCUCCCCCUUCAUGCCAGUCUGCGGCGUUUGAUGUACUAGAGUUGCUUGAUCCAACUAAAAGAAGCAAUAAUUGAACAGGAAAAAGAAAUCCCAGGACUCUGUAACCCCCUUCUCUCCAUAAGGAGAGUAAACUGAGGAUAGUCUCUCCUACAUCUGCAAGACAUCAUCUGAUGUGCAACACUAGUCGCUGCUAGCACUGGGGGACGAGGAAGGACAGAAAGGGAAUUUUUGGCUUCAAGAUGAAUCGGACCUGAGAAAAAGCUGUAGUUGGGCGAUCGGAUUUGGAUUAAGAGAACAAUAAUACAUUUUCUUUUCUUUUUUGAAGUAAUCUGCAGCAUUUGAAACUCUGAGCCUGUGUUACCAGACUGUACUGAAUGACUUAAGGUUGUAUAUUUUCAGGACGACCACCAUCCCACCCUUGAUUUAUUCUAAUAACUGUUUAUUCCCUAAAAUACAGUACAGUAGGACAUCAUGACUUCUAGCUACAACCCGCAUGUGAUGGACAGGCAGGCUUUGCUGGCCGGCCGCUUGGAGAGUCCUAUCACAGCCAGCCUUGACAAUUUACAGGCUAAAAAGAACUUCUCAGUCAGUCACCUGUUGGAUCUGGAGGAGUCGGGGGAAAUGGUUGGAGCUCAAGCCGAGGAGACUUCAGGUGAAAGCAGUAGAAGUCUGCUAGAGUCCCCCGGGCUGACAAGUGGAAGUGACACACCGCAACAGGACGGUGAACAGUUGAAUGCAGAACAGAAGAAAAAGAGGAAACAAAGGAGGAACAGGACUACAUUUAACAGCAGCCAGCUGCAAGCCUUAGAGAGAGUGUUUGAGAGGACACAUUACCCAGAUGCAUUUGUACGAGAAGAUCUUGCUCGGAGAGUUAAUCUCACUGAGGCUCGAGUACAGGUUUGGUUCCAGAACAGAAGAGCUAAGUUUCGCAGGAACGAAAGAGCUAUGUUGGCAAACAAGAAUGCUUCACUUCUAAAGUCGUAUGCUGGAGAUGUGACUGCAGUGGAACAACCUAUAGUACCCCGACCAGCUCCAAGGCCCAAUGAGUAUCUAUCUUGGGGAACUGCAUCUCCAUAUAGUGCCAUGGCUACUUAUUCCUCUACUUGUGUGAAUGCCAAUCCUGCCCAGGGAAUGAGCAUGGCCAACUGCAUUGCAAAUCUAAGACUGAAGGCAAAGGAAAACAGUUUACAAAGAAAUCAAGUGCCAAAACUCAAUUGAAGAAGACAAGCAAUUGAAAUACAUAUACAAUUAUAUUUCAAUUGGCAAUUCCUGCCUGAUUAAUAAUGGCAUUACAAUGGGACAUUGAUGAAUAAACUGUUUGUUUUAUUUUUAUAAUAAGGGUGUUUGUAAUUUCUCCUGGGAAAAUGCCAUUUGUUGUCUGUGUUCUUUUCAUGCUUUGCUUAAAAUAGUCAAAAAGCUUAUGUUCCCAAAACGUUUUAUAUGGACAAGCUACAAUACUUUCAUGCUGCAACUACAAUAACUAAACCAGCAAAUAAACAUGGAGAAAUCCUCUAAGAAAUCUGAGUAUACAUAACUGAUCAUACUGUAAAUUAAUGUUGAAAAGAGAAGAAAAGUCAACCAUUUUCUGUAAAAGUUUUCUUUUUGGUCAGGACUCUGUGCAUUUUGAUAUAUUUCAUUUAUAGAGAUCAUUUGCUGUGUAAAACUAAGAUUAAUUACUUGAAUUCAUUUUGCUCUUGACUGAGUGUUUUGGAAGAACAUUAAUGCGCAGCAUUCAGUGAUUGUAUAGGGCAAAUAGAGAUCAUUUUACUUUUGUUUUUGCAACAUUUGCAUUUGUGCUAUUAUUGCUUUUAUUAUACAUUUGGAAUGUUUAAAAUUAACACUAUCAACAAAAAUGUGUGCAGGUUGUGUUUUAAAUUCAGCUUUAGAUAAUGUUUAGUUGUUAUCUAUAUUAUACAUAUAAGUUUCGCACAAAUUUUUCCUUAUUUGCUCAUUUAUUAAUUAAACGAAUGUGCCUUAACAGUCUGCAGUUGUGUAUAACAUUUACAGCUCACUCUCCCUGGUAUGUCACUACGUCAGCUUGCAUUGUAAGAUAUCUAUUCAUCACACAAAGUAAACUUGCCAUUAAAAUAAUAAAUGGCAACAGUGUUCAAGAUUAGUGGACACUUUCUCAUAUAUAUGUAUCAGGGCAUACUGAGGGUAGUGUGAAUGAUACUACUCCCCUGGGUGCAAGAUUAGUAGCUGCCCUUUAUUUGCCCCAGUCAUUCAUGACUGCCCCUGCGACACCUGUUCCUGGCUCCCUGAAGAGGUGCCAGGCACUUUGCUGUAUAUGCAUCAUUGCAGAGGAAAACAGAAGUCAAGAGGAGCCCUAAGGCGAGUAAAGUACAUAAAACCUAGCAAAGGAAAGUACUGAAGAACACCGGGGGUGGAGGUGCCGGAGAGAAUCAGUUAAUAAAAGACACAGGAUGAUCAGGUUAGGAACUGUGUUAACAAGGGGAAGUGGGAUUGGGUUUAAGUAAAAGGCAUUUAGUCCAGCGUGUAUACAUCUAAACUGAACACAAUUGUCAGGGUGGGUGGAUACAUUAUAAUUGCAAGCUCAAGAGUGGCUGUUCUAGACACCAAGUGAGAGCAAUGCUAGUAGCAGUCUGUGGUGCUGUGAAAGUGUCAGGCAGGGUACAGAUUAUACUGUAAUUACCUGGACUUGUUUGGUAUAACCUGGCUGGUGCUUUGGCAUACGCUUUAUUUUAAUUGAAUGGUUUACUGAGCUGGUGUGGACUCGUCCCUCUCUAGUAUAAGUGAAAUUGUCUCAGCAGCCCUGGUAGCAGCAGAGAUGAUCACAAUACUCUGUAUCAUGAUAAGCAGGGCCCCCCGACUGCCACCCAAAAAAACAAAUAUAUAUAUAUAUAUAUAUAUAUAUAUAUAUAUAUAUAUUAUUAUUAUUAUUAUUAAUAAGAAAAGUCCUAUGUCCCCCACAGUUUUGCCCCCAGCACCAUAUUAUGCUGCCCCACACAAUAAUGCCCCUGUACCUGAUCAUUGUCAGGGGUAUUGUUGUCAGAGCUCAGGGUUCUGCUCGUCUUUCCCCCCUGCUGCCACUGCCACAGCAGACUGUUCGGCAGCCUGCUUCAAUAAAAACUAUUUAAUGUGUCCCUCCCAAAAUGGCUACCGCCUCGGAGGAGACAGUUAUUAAAGAUAUUAGAGCCUCCUCUAGUAUCUUUAAUAACGGUCUCAUCUGAGCCCGGGUCAUCUUGAGAGGGGACCAAUUUCAAUAGCCUGCGGGUGCCGAGGCUGGGCAAACAACGGCAGUAUCGGUAGACUAUUGGCGGCGGGCGGGCCGCUGAAUGAGCGGCCCAGGCCCUCCCCUCUCUGUUAGAGAGGCUGGGCCCGCAGCACCCCCCUGAUGGUGGGCCUGAUGAUAGGCAAUUGGAGGUGAGAGGAAGGCUUUUUACUACUCAGUGGCACUAUAUACAGCAAAGGCUAAGUACACAGUGUCAAGUUUAUGAAAGAGACAAGGGGACUAGAGACUAGGAGCACUGGAAUCAAGGAUAGUGCUUGGAAUGAACUUGAGGGAAAAGGACCUUUCCCGUGAAAGCUGAUAUGCUACGAGGAUAUUCUACCUCUCUUUUAAAAUUUCCCACACUUUGGGGGUCAUUCCGACCCGUUCGCACGCAGCGGUCUAUUGCUGCGGUGCGAACGGGUCCGUAACGCGCAUGCGCGGCAGCCGCAUUGCGAAUGCGCGACAUUGCCCGGCAACAGGGGUCGCCGGGUUAUGUCGCGUCCCACGAAAAAAGCGGUCGCAGAGCCGUCAGCAAGAAGAUUGACAGGAAGAAGGCGUUCCUGUGCAGAUCCGGACCAUUGGCUGCCAUUUUCGGGGAGUGGUAAGGAAAAUGCAGGCGUGUCCAGGAGAACGGAGGGCGGAUGUCUGACGUCAAAGCCGGCUCCAGCAUCGCAGAGAUCGUCGCACAGGGUAAGUAGGUAUAGGGCUUCUCUUG